UCAUGGGGCCCCCGGGCAAUAGGGGAUCAUGGGGCCCCUGUGUCCUUGCCCACACUCAAAAAAGCCUAUGAAAAAGGUACCAGGGGCAUCUCAUGGGGCCCCCUACUGACCCCGGGCCCUCGGGCAGUGCCCAAGUUUCCAAAUGAUCAGUCCGCCCGGUCCCUAUAUAUAGUCUACAGAACAAUGUAUCCUCCUAGGAAUAAUAAUAAUUAGCGGAAUAGACGACAGAACAACAAUGUAUCCAAUAAUCGUCUUCUGUGUCGCCCAGAAUGAGGAGCGAUCGUCUAUAACAACAAUAACAACAAAUGAGAUUUCCUUC